AUGGCGAAGGGUCUGCAGGGCUUCUCGUGGACCAUGCUGCUGCUGCUCUGCGCCAUCCAGGAGCUGGGGGCCUGGGCCAUGCACACUGCAGUGGAGGGCCCUGGCCUAGGGCAGCCGGGGGACCCUGCGCUGCUGGCCGGCGGGCGAGUGAAGCGUGGCUGGGUCUGGAAUCAAUUCUUUGUGGUGGAGGAGUACACGGGCACGGAGCCGCUGUAUGUGGGGAAGAUCCACUCGGACUCGGAUGAGGGGGACGGCUCCAUCAAGUACACUAUCUCCGGGGAGGGCGCAGGGACUAUCUUCCUCAUCGAUGAGAUCACAGGUGACAUCCAUGCCACCGAGCGCCUGGACCGGGAGCAGAAAACCUUCUACACCCUGCGGGCUCAGGCCCGCGACCGGCAGACGGACCAGCUGCUGGAGCCUGAGUCAGAGUUCAUCAUCAAGGUGCAGGACAUCAACGACAGCGAGCCGCGCUUCCUGGAGGGGCCCUACAUCGGCAGUGUGGCAGAACUGUCCCCCAUCGGCACCUCUGUGAUGCAGGUGAUGGCAUCCGACGCUGAUGACCCCACAUACGGGAGCAGUGCCCGGGUAGUCUACAGUGUGCUGGAGGGCGAGCAGCACUUUACUGUGGACAGUAAAACAGGUGUGAUCCGGACAGCCGUGGCUGACCUGGACCGUGAGACGCAGGACCGGUAUGAGGUGGUGAUCCGUGCAACGGACAUGGCGGGACAGCUGGGUGGCCUCUCUGGAUCCACCACAGUCACCAUCGUAGUCACCGAUGUCAAUGAUAACCCACCACGCUUCCCUCAGAAGAUGUACCAGUUCAGCAUUGUUGAAACUGCCCCUGUGGGCACUGCCAUCGGGAGGGUGAAGGCAGAGGACUCUGACGUCGGGGAGAACACAGACAUGACAUAUCAGGUGAAGGAUGAGGAAGGGGUGGAGAUGUUCAAAGUCACCACGGACAGCAAUACCCAAGAGGCUGUCAUCUCGGUACAGAAGCCUCUUGACUACGAGUCGAAAAAAGUGCACACCGUCGUGGUGGAAGCCCUCAACAAGUUCGUGGACCCACGGUUCGUGGACCUGGGCACCUUUCGGGACCAGACCAUUGUGCGAGUCUCGGUGCUGGAUGUCGAUGAGCCCCCCGAGUUCCGGCCCCCCUCCAACCUGAUGGAGGUGCAAGAGGAUGCGCACGUUGGCUCUGUCGUGGGGGUGGUCACUGCCCUUGACCCGGACACAGCGAACCACCCUGUCCGGUACGCCAUCGACCGCAGCACAGAUGCAGAGAGGAUCUUUGACAUCGAUGCCAACACAGGUGCCAUUGUGACAGGAAAGGUCCUGGAUCGGGAGACGGCAGGGUGGCACAACAUCACUGUCCUGGCGAUGGAAGCAGAUAAUCACUCACAGGUAUCGAGAGCAUCUCUCCGUAUCCGUAUCCUGGAUGUGAACGACAAUCCGCCUGAGCUCGCCACCCCCUAUGAAGCUGCUGUGUGCGAGGAUGCCAAGCCAGGCCAGCUGAUCCAGACAAUAAGCGUUGUGGACCGUGAUGAGCCUCAGAGUGGCCAUCGUUUCUACUUCACACUGGCACCUGAAGCCACCAACAACCACCAUUUUUCUCUGCUGGAUAUUAAGGACAACACGGCUGCGGUGCACACGCAGAGAAUGGGCUUCAAUCGCCAGGAGCAGGACGUGUACUUGCUCCCCAUUUUGGUGGUGGACAGCGGCCCGCCGGCCCUCAGCAGCACGGGGACUCUGACCAUCCGCGUCUGCGGCUGUGACAGCAACGGCGCCAUCCAGUCCUGCAACAGCACAGCCUACGUCGUAUCAGCUACGCUGAGCCCCGGUGCCCUCAUCGCACUGCUGGUGUGCAUCCUCAUUCUGGUCGUGCUGGUCCUUCUGAUCCUCACGCUGAAGCGACACCACAAAAGCCACCUGACAUCCGAGGAUGACGAGGACAUGAGGGACAAUGUAAUCAAAUACAACGACGAAGGGGGUGGCGAGCAGGACACAGAGGCCUAUGACAUGUCAGCCCUGCGCAGCCUCUACGACUUCAGUGAGAUCAAAGGCGGCGAUGGAGGCGGGGGGCCGGGAGAGGGGGGCCUGAGCGGAAACCCUGCCUCCGAGCUCCAUGCCCUCCCGCAGUGGGUGCAGAGCCCGGACCUGGAUUUCUCCGUGUUCAGAGACUAUAUCUGCAAGAAGGUGGAGCAGGCGGACGAGGACCUCUCCGUGCCGCCCUACGACUCGUUCCAGACCUACGCCUUCGAGGGCUCGGACUCCCCCGUGCCCUCCCUGAGCUCCAUCAACACCUGGUCCAGCAGCUCGGAGCAGGACUUCUCCUACCUGGGGGUCUGGGGGCCACGGUUUCGGCAGCUGGCAGCGCUCUACGCUGGGCGCAGGGGCGAGGAGGACAGCGAGGAGUCCUAG